GUAGCGUUUCCUGUGCAGACUCUGUAUCCGCAGGAGGAGUGCAGCAUGGCGGCCACGGAGAUCGCGCGGCAAGCGGGAGAGGGAGCACGUGCAGUGCCACUUUCUGGCCAUGUUGGCUUUGACAGCAUGCCGGACCAGCUGGUCAACAAGUCUGUUAACCAUGGCUUCUGUUUCAACAUCCUCUGUGUUGGGGAGACAGGUUUGGGAAAGUCCACUCUCAUGGACACCCUGUUCAACACCAAGUUUGAGGGUGAGCCGACUCAGCACAACCAGCCGGGAGUGCAGCUCAAGUCCAACACGUACGAGCUGCAGGAGAGCAACGUGCGCCUUAAGCUCACCAUCGUUAACACGGUUGGCUUCGGAGACCAGAUCAACAAAGAGGACAGCUACAAACCGAUUGUGGAGUUCAUCGACACUCAGUUUGAGGCCUACCUUCAAGAAGAGCUGAAGAUCAAGCGCACCCUGCACAGUUAUCAUGACUCGCGCAUCCAUGUCUGUCUGUAUUUCAUUGCACCUACUGGACACUCCUUAAAAUCUCUGGAUCUGGUGACCAUGAAGAAGCUGGACAGUAAGGUGAAUAUCAUCCCCAUCAUUGCUAAGUCAGAUGCCAUCUCAAAGAGUGAACUGGCCAAGUUCAAGAUUAAGAUUACCAGUGAGCUCGUCAGCAAUGGAGUGCAGAUUUACCAGUUCCCCACUGAUGAUGAAACUGUGGCAGAGAUCAACUCCACCAUGAACGGCCAUUUGCCAUUUGCUGUAGUGGGAAGUACUGAGGAAGUGAAGAUCGGGAACAAGAUGGUGAAAGCACGUCAGUACCCUUGGGGAACUGUUCAGGUGGAAAACGAGAACCACUGUGACUUUGUGAAGCUGAGAGAGAUGCUGAUCCGAGUGAACAUGGAGGAUCUGCGGGAACAGACCCACACACGCCACUAUGAACUCUACCGCCGCUGCAAACUGGAGGAGAUGGGUUUUAAAGACACAGAUCCUGACAGCAAACCUUUCAGUCUGCAGGAGACUUAUGAGGCCAAGAGAAAUGAGUUCAUGGGUGAGCUGCAGAAGAAGGAAGAGGAGAUGAGGCAGAUGUUUGUUCAGAGAGUGAAGGAGAAAGAGGCUGAGCUGAAGGAGGCAGAGAAGGAGCUGCAUGAAAAAUUUGACCGUCUGAAGAAGCUGCACCAGGAUGAGAAGAAGAAGCUAGAAGAUAAAAAGAAGGCUCUUGAUGACGAGCUGAACAUCUUCAAGCAGAAGAAAACGGCAGCUGAACUCCUGCAGUCCCAGGCCCAGCAAGCAGGCAGCUCCACCACACUCAAAAGGGACAAAGAGAGGAAAAAUAAUCCCUGGCUCUGCACUGAGUAGUAUCUUCGCCUGCACAGCUUUGCUAAUGGACCUGACCAUGAGUUUUUGGUUAUUUGCUACUCUAAGGCCAUAGGAAGACAUUGUGGAUGCCAGCUCUUGGGGGGUUUCUAAUAGAACGGCUUCCUUGUGUAUUAAAGGCCUUUUUAUUUUUGGUUACAGCAACUUUUGCAAAGAAUGCUUUGUGUGCUACUAAAUCUAAAUCACUCGCCUAAGGCUGUGCUUACUUUGCUUGACGUGUAUUUUUUUGCAAUGCUGUGUGACUAGUGUGCUUACUAUGUUUAGUCCCUUUCGGGAGAUCCUGAAAAUGCACUUAGAAUAUAUUUCAGGUUAAUUCGUACAUUACAGUUCUAUCAUAAACUCUACUUUAUGAUGUUUAUGAAAUUAUAAACAAUAAUUCAAGUGUGAAUUUGAAAUUUUUUAAACAGCCCACACCCAUCCAUGAGGAUCACUCUGAUUUUAACAGGCUUUAACAUUUGUUAUUCUGCAGCUUAAAGACGUUAACAAGUGGGACUACAUUUGAAUUCAUGUUUGGAACACGAUACUGAAUAUGGAAUAUGUUCGUACAAUCAGAAUAUUUACUGCUUUUGGCUGUUAAAUAUUGUGAAAGAAUUUCAGAUUAAUUUAUGUAAACCUUGUCGUCCCAUGGUUGCUAUUUCUCUUUCCAGCUGCUUGACUCUUUCUCUAACCUGCAUUUCUGUCCGUUUCUCCUAGCUUCUUUUAAACCUCUCGUGGCCACCUGUCAGAAGAGGGGAUCGCAGCUUCCUCAAGAACUAGGCACCCAUUUCCUCUUCCUGCCUUUCACUCUUUCAGCCCUUUUUUGUUUUUUGGAAACUUUGUUGUCUGCUCAGUUAAACAUGUGGGCUUUACAUGGUAUUUUUCCGCAAGAAGUAUUCUCUCUUUUCUAUUUAGGCACACCAAACAGUCCCACACUAAUAUUUUUAUAGACUUUGUGAAGAUACUAGAACCAAAGUUCUGGUAUUAAAAUAUAGCAUGAAAGGAAAAAAAAUAUUUAUUGUAAAAACAUCAGUUUUUAUAAAUUAAAAUAUAUAUUGCUUUUACAUACAUAACAUUCAUUUAUGCCCCAAUCUUUUCCAUUUACACAUCUGGGUUUCUCCUGUGAAGAUGUGUUUUGUGUUGACUCUGACUGUGAGACAGAAAGACCCAAAGACAAAUUGCAUGUUAUCUGAAGUCAGGCUGAUUUUAAGUUUGAUGAGUUUCAGUGGUGCAACACCGGGUUUCGUUUCUAAUUGCCCUCUAAUUUGUUGAAUUCUCAAGGUCGUGAUUUAAAGAAUCCCUUCUGAAUACCAUGUAGGUCACAUUCAGAGCCCCUUAUUUCAUUUCAUGCUUUGCCUUAUCUAAUCAGCCUUUGCAUGUUUUAUAUGCUUCUACAGCGUAAAUGCUUUCUCAGUUGGCCUUUUUUUCUCGUAGGGAGUUAUUACAGGUCCAUGGGCAGUUACACGUUUCUGCAAAUUUCUAUCAAAAACCAUGUCCUGUUAAAUAGUACCUAUUUAGAUAUAUUGUUUUGGCAGUUUAAAAUAUGCAAUGGCAGGCACAGCGAUCAGUCCAUAUUUAUAUAAUUUAUAAGGAUAUAUUUUGUGUAUUGAAGUAGAAAAGUGUUGAUCAAUCACACUGUUGGUAGGUGGACAUUCUGGUUGUCAAACUGCAUCAUUAUUCUAGCAUCUUUCAUCAGUUACCCUCGGUACCUAUCCUAACACAAAGUUGUGAAAUAUUUCAUCGUGGUAAAAUUUCAUCGGUGUACAUUUUAAAUAAAAAAUCUGUCAAAACCUG